GGGGGAGGGGAAGCGCCGAGCAGGCGGCGGCGGUUCCUCCGCGAGCGGUGCCGUUGGGCCGGCCGGGCGCUCGCAACCCCCCCGGCCGCCGCCCGGUCACGGCCUUGAGGCGGAGGCCCGGGGCGGCGCGGCGCUGCUGCCGAGCGGCGGGAGGCCCCGACGCCGCCGGGCCUGGGCCCUCGCGUCCCGCGGGAGGCGGCCAUGUCUACCGGUGAGGUGGAGCGGUUGUCGGCGGACCUCGGCGGGGCCGCCGGGGACGAGGAGGAGGAGUGGCUCUAUGGCGAUGAAAAUGAAACAGAGAGACCAGAGGAAGAAAAAACUAGUGUUCCACCCCCACCUGGAAGCGAAGAGGAAGCUGCAGAAAAUGGCGUUGUGAAAACGAAGGUGGCAGAGGCUGAGGAUGACAGUGAUAGUGAUAGUGAUGAUGAUGAAGAUGAUGUUCAAGUCACCAUAGGGGAUAUUAAAACAGGAGCUCCACAGUAUGGUUAUGGAGCAGCACCUGUGAAUCUCAAUAUUAAGACAGGAGGACGAGCUUAUGGAUCUUCUGGUGCAAAAGUUAAAGGGGUGGAUCUAGAUGCACCGGGGAGUAUUAAUGGUGUGCCACUUCUGGAAGUAGAUUUAGAUUCUUUUGAAGAUAAACCUUGGAGAAAGCCAGGAGCUGAUCUCUCUGACUAUUUCAACUAUGGAUUCAAUGAAGAUACCUGGAAAGCUUACUGUGAAAAACAAAAGAGAAUACGAAUGGGUCUUGAAGUUUUACCAGUUACCUCAACUACAAAUAAAAUUACGGCUGAAGACAAUGCUAUGGAAGUAAGACCAAGUGCAGAGAUUCUCGAUGGCAGAUACCAUCUUUUGAAGGUACAGCAGGGCAGAACUGGAAAUUUGGAGAAAGAGUUGGCAGUACAGUCGACCAAAGCUGAUUUCACAUCUCCUCCUGCAUUACUCAAAUCAGGAAUUCCAACAAACAGGCGAUUAGCUGGCACAAUAGAUGUGAUUGGACAGACCAUCACUAUCAGCAGGGUGGAAGGACGACGGCGUGCUAAUGAAAACAGCAACAUACAGGUUCUUUCAGAACGAUCUAAUCCUGAAGUAGACAAUUUUACCAAGCCACCUCCAUUUUUCCCUCCAGGAGCUCCACCUACCCACCUUCCACCACCUCCUUUUCUCCCACCCCCUCCAACUGUCAGUACUGCUCCACCUCUGAUUCCCCCACCAGGUAUACCAAUAACAGUGCCACCACCAGGCUUUCCACCACCACCUGGCGGUCCUCCACCUUCCCUUAUACCCACAAUAGAAAGUGGACAUUCUUCUGGGUAUGAUGGUCGUUCUGUUCGUGCAUUUUCAUAUGGCAGCGAUAAUGAAGUGGAACUCAAAACAAACCAUUUAUUGAAGGCUCUGUUAUCAUUGGCUAGCAAAGCAGAUAAGCAGAGAGUGGAAAGUCCUCUGUACUUCACCUUUCCGCACCUUGCAGGUUCUGCUCCUUCGUGGUCUAGUCUUAUGGACACCAGCAAACAGUGGGAUUACUAUGCACGAAGAGAGAAGGACAGGGAACGAGAGAGAGAGCGAUCCCGAGAUCGGGAUCGCGACCGGGAACGGGACCGAGACAGAGAUCGAGAACGUACCAGAGACAGGGAAAGGGACCGAGACCACAGUCCAACUCCAAGUGUGUUCAACAGUGAUGAAGAACGACACAGAUACAGAGACUAUGCAGAAAGAGGCUAUGACCGCCAUAGAACAAGUAGAGAGAAAGAAGACCGACACAGAGAUAGGAGACACAGGGAGAAAGAAGAGACUAGACACAAGUCAUCUCGAAGCAACAGCAGACGUCGUCAUGACAGUGAAGAAGGGGACAGCCACAGAAGGCACAAACACAAAAAAUCCAAAAGAAGCAAAGAAGGAAAAGAAACCAGUGGGGAACCUGCUCCUGAACAGGAAAACACUGAAGCUGCCCCUGUGGAAUAGACUUGUGUGACUUUUGCCUACUUGCAUAUAUAUUAGUGCCAGAAAUAGAUUACUAUAAAUCUUGUUAUUUUUCUGGGUAUUAAAAUAAUUUGCUCUUAAUCUUGUUCUGUUAGUUUGAAAUCAAAGGUUACUUUGGUUUUUUUUGGAAAUAAAAAAAUUGAAUUUUUCAUGUUAA